UCUCAAAAUUAGCUUGUCCCCUCUUUGUCGUCUUCCUCCUCCUCAAGACGCAAAUCUAUCUCUCUCUUGUCCUUAAGAUUUUUGGUCUGGUUUCCAUGAUCUGAUACAUAUCUGUCUGCUCGUAGAGAAUCAUCCUUCUUCUCUUUUUUUGGUUUUUGCUUCCCCUUAUCAAAAUCUCUGAGAUCUCUGUUCAGGAUUAGAAAUUAGAGAAGUAGGGCUUCUCCGUUGGGUUAAAGGGUUACAGAAGAGCAUAAAGAUAUAAUGCCUUCGGUGCCCUCAAAGCUUCUCCUUUUGGCUCCUUCCUUGACUCCUUAUCAUUCUGGUUUGUCUUCCCAUCGUCUUAAACCUCUUCAAAAGUCUGAUUGGCGUGGUAAUCUUAGUUAACAUCUCCUCCUUCUCCUUCCUCCUCUUCUUCUCUCCUCCUCCUCUGAUCCCUCUGAGAUUCUCCUUAGCUCCAUCAUCGAAAAGACUCAAACUUUACUUGAUCUUUUGGUGUGUUUGAUUUUGCAUCCCCCACGAAAGUUACUACUACUACUACUUGGUUGAAUAUAUAGUUGGAUAUGAGCUCUGUUUCUGUUAAAGGUGAAGACUUUGACAUCUUGGCUUCGAGUCCCACGCAAUGCUCCAAUGGCUCCAAGCAUUACUCGCAUCCUGGAUCUGAAGAAUCUAUGGAACCCGAUGGCGAUGAAACUGGUUAUAUAAACCAAACUGUUAAUGAAGAAUCAUCAGAUUCGAAUAAUGAGCUAGAAUCAGCUGCCGCUGAGGAUCUCGGCAAAUCCACUUUAGCUUCUUCUUUACCUUCCAAGUCUUCAGAUGAUGAAGACAAGGAUGAGAACGUUACUAAUACACCAGUUGUUCUCAUCCCCGCCAUAAAAGGCAGCCGGGAGAAGCAUGGCUUGUCACUGAGGAAGACGAGUGUUUCAUGGGCGGAUGACGUGUAUGAUCCUCCUCCCUCCAUUGCCUCGCACACAAGAAACAAGAAGCAGCUGCAGCAGCAGCAGAAAUCAAAGAGCAAAGACAGCCACAGGAAGAACGGAAAGAAAGGACAGAAGGGCAAAGACAGCUCUAAUUCCUCUCGUAGUGGCAAGGACAAGAAGCAAGCUUCUUCUCGCAAACACAGCAGCCGCGACAAGUUUGAUUGGGUUACUCAGAUGCCUAUCGUUGCUGCAUCUUCUUGAAUGGCAGCAUUGGCUGCUAAUAACCAAGGCACAUCUUCACACAUCAAUGAGAUGUGCUCCCACUCUUUGUUUAAUAAAUAAUCAAAUUCACUUUUGUGUGUGUUUUCUUUCUUAUGUGUAAUGAAUGGUUGAUCCUAAGUACUAUUUUGGAGAUUUUUGUGCUUUUUAUUUUGAGAUAAAGUUUCACUUUUGUGAUGAACUCAAUGGAGCUUUGUUAUUUGA